AUGAGCGAAUUUGCCAAAAUCAACUUAAUGAAUCUUCUCCAUGCUUUGCAAAUUUUCAAAGCCCUCUACUCUCAACCUGUUCUCUCAAAUCUUUGUGAAUGGCGCAUCUUCCAUCUGGUACCCGCGGUGGCUGGUGAGGAAGCGAGAUCUGCGACUUGCGAGACCGGUGUACGGGUGCCGCGAUUGCAAGGAAUGGAGGAAGCGAGUACUUCCAGGAUAGAGCGGCGUGCGGCAGCCGGCAAGUUCGCAGGAUUGAGAGCGAUUCCGAGGUCAGCCCAGAGCUUCAGCUCAUUAGCUGCUCAAGUAUUGGCCCAUUUCCGCAAACAUCUUACCAUUUUGUUCGGCCCAAAUAUUUCACCUCGUCACUUCCAGCAGAUCGACGGCAGCUACACAUCGAAGGAGCCCUGGGCUAACAGCUUCCAUGAAAUCCGGCGAGCUCACCCACGCAUCUCCCUCCCUUUCAAACCCUAUUUUUUCACCUAUUUAAGGGGUCCUCCAAUCAGCCGCCACUCUCAAUUCUCCCUCAGUAAGUUCACAGAAAAUUCACCCUAUCGCCAGCCCUUAACCACCAGCCACCGUUCGCAUCGCCGCGUGAAACAACCGUUUGCCGAGCCCAGCCUCUGCCAUCGACGGGGACUCGCGAGAACCACUGCUGAGCAUCCCAUCAAAUCGCCCUCAUCUUCUCCAAAUCUUCAUCAAAUCUGUCCCUUGGGCCACUCCUGGAACUAUUCCCCAUUCUGA